AUGUCGAUGAAAGAUUUAUCAAAAGAUUUACAAAGACUUUUUCAAAAUCGAAUUGAUGAAAAUCGUUUAAUAAAAAAACUUGACGAAUUAAUCAAUGAAUAUGGAAUUCGGCAGAUCAAUGCAUGGAGAAAUUUAUCCAAUGGAACAAAAAAUACUUUAUUACACGAAGUUAUUGAACAAAAUUAUCCAAAUGUUGUCAAACAUCUUAUCAUCAAACAUCAAUUAAGAACAUUUUUUCAAAGAGAAUCAGAUCAUUUAACACCUUUUGAAUUGGCAUUUACGAAGAAAAAUCGUCAAAUUUGUGAUAUUUUAAUCGAAUUAGGAGAUGAAAAUACUCUGGAAAAUGUUUCUGAAAAUAUUUCUUUAAAGAAAAGCAAAGAUCAAAUGAUGAAUAUAAUUUGGAUGGAUUUAGAAUUUACUUCAUUUGAAAAUCCACAAAUCUUAGAAUGUGCUGUGAUUAUUACAAAUAAAGAUUUAAAAGAAAUUCAACGAAAACAAUGGAUAAUUCAUUUUGAAAAAGAAUUUUUAAAUGGAUUAAGUCAAUGGCAUCAAAAUGCUUUUAAAGAUAUUGAAGAUGGUGGAAAUGGUUUAUUUCGAGAUGUUUAUAAUUCGGAAAUAAGAAAAGAAGAUGUGGAAAAAGAAUUAUUAGAAUUUUUAAAAGAAUUUUGUCCUGAAAAGACUUGUCCAUUAGCUGGAAGUUCAAUUCAUUCUGAUAAAGCUGUUUUAAAAGUCGAAAUGCCAUCUGUUUAUCAUUAUCUUCAUCAUCGUGUUAUUGAUGUGAGUUCUUUUCAAGAAAUUCUUAAACGAUGGGCACCAAAAAUCAAUUCACAAUUUUGCAAAGAUCUCAUUUCAAGUGGAAAAGGAAAUGUUAAUCAUAGAGCAAUGGAUGAUAUUCUUUGGUCAAUUGAAAUGAUGAAAUUAUUUCGACCUUUAUUAACAAAUAAACAAUUUUUAAAAGAUAAAGAUUCAUCGAUGAGAAUACAAAGAAGAAAUCCAUCGAUGAAUUCAUCAAGAUUUGAUCAAACAAAAUUCACUGAUGAAGAAAAACAUUUAUUCAAACGAAUUGAAUUUGAAGAACAAAAUUGUGUUGAAGAUUUGAAUUUAAAUGAAGAAGAACAACAGAUUUAUGUCGAAAAUCCUCAUUUAAGAGAAGUUUUUCUUAAUAACGAACGAAUUCUUUUUCAUGAAAAAGAUUUUCAAAUUGAAGAUCGUUUAUGUUCUCCAAUGAAAUUUUCCAAACAAAUCAAUUCACGUGUGAUUUCAACAACUGAAUUUUGGUCACAACGAAAUCUUCUCUUAGGUGAAAUCGAAUUUUUAACAAAAUAUUCAUCGAAACAAACAAAUCUUCUUGUUAUUUAUUUGGAAAAUUCGUCAAAUUCUCAUUUCAAUCAUCUUUCACAAUUAUUUCCACAAAUUCAAUUUCACGUCUUUCGAACAAAAUCCAAUGAAAUCAAAGAAACAAAACAAUUGAAAAUUUUUAAUGAAAUAUUUACAAAUGAAAUUGCAUUGAAAUAUUCUUCCCAUUCUUCGUUAUUAUUCAUUUGUAAUUUACAAAGAUUUGAAAAUGAUGAAAAUAUUGAUAAAGAUACGAAAAAUGAAAUUCGUUGGAUUUCAAUUCUGAAACCAUUGGCAUCUUUUUUAAGAUUUUCUUUUCCAAAAACUCAUUGUGAAAUGUUGGAAUUUUAUCAAGGAGAUCUUUAUUGGAAUUUAUGGUCUUCACCUGAAUCAGUUGAAUGUCGAAUAAUGAUUGAAAAUCUUCCAAAACUUAUUUUCUAUGAUUGGAAACAAUUUCAACAAACAUUUAUUUCUUUUCAACAAAGAAAACGAACAAUAUUUUAUCAACAUGAUCUUGAUCAUAUUGAAACUGAAGGUUUAGAUCAUUGUUAUGAUUGUACAGCAGAAAUUUUUAUUUUAAAAAAUUAUUUCACUUCUAUUCAACAUAUUCAUGAAAAGAAAUCUUUAUUUCAAUCAAUUGCACAAUUAUCUCAUCAAAUUUCACUGAAUCUUUUCGAUAAACAUCAAUUUCCUUUUCUUAAACAAAAAAGAUCUUUAAAUAUUAUCCCAAAAGAUUAA